AUGAACAGGACGGAUUUCACGGUUGACCGCACAGCGUUUGUUCAAGCUGUAUGGGCUGUACGCCGCAGCUCACACCGCUAUCCGAAGCACACGACGUCUGCGGUGCGCACGGAACAUCGGUCGCGGCCCGUUUGCCGUUACGGUGUAAUGCGACGCCAUCUGUCCCCGACAUGCUUGGGCUCGGACCGCACCGAGACGGCGUUUAUUGGGCUCUCGCGUGCGGUAAUCGACGUUGUUUUAAUUGAGUCCGCAGUGGAUGUCGUGAUUGCGAACAGAUCACGUGGGGCUUUCAGCCGCUCG